AUGAAGUGCCAUUCAGUGGCGUGCGUGUGGUCGGCGCUGCCGCAGCACAGGGUGACCGCCGCCGCAGUCUUGACUGAUCCCCCCACCCUCUACACCGGUGGAUCUGAUGGCUCCAUCGUCUGGUGGGAUAUCACCGCCAGCGAGUCAAGACAGGUCGCUCUUCCCUCUCCAUACCUUCCUCUUUCUCUCCCUUGCCUAUUUCUAGUGGUAAAGGAGAUGAAAUUGCUAAGAUGUUGAUUGUUUGAUUCGCCGGAGCUGAAUCCUCGUAGAACUAUCGCUCUCCCAGGAUGUGCGGCCAACGGCGAUGCUCUGCGGUCACACGGCGGCAAUAGCCGACCUGGCCAUCUGCACUCCCCUCGCGGUCCAAGGAGACGACGAGCUUCGGAGCAGCAUUGUAAGGAGCCCCGUUUCAUCAGCUUGCUACGCCUCCCUGUUAAGUGCUUGUAUUGAUGGCGUGCUGUGCGUCUGGAGCAGAGGCAGUGGGAAUUGCCGCCGGCGGAGGAAGUUGCCCCCAUGGGCGGGGACUCCAUGCAUGGUGUCCUCGUUGCCAAUGUCCCCGCGGUAUGUGUGUAUCUCGUGUUACAGUGCCGACCCGCCGGCGUACUCGUCAAGCUCACAUCCUGUUGGGCCAUUGGAAGGUUACGAUCGAGGUGAGACAGGAGUUGAAAGGGAGACUCAUCAUAGAAAGGCUUCCAAAUGCGCAGUGGUGAUCGUGGAUUCUUAUACCUUGACCAUCGUUCGCACUGUUUUCCACGGUGGACUGUCAAUUGGGUCCCUUGAAAGCAUGACAAUUGUUCCCGAUUUGACGGAUGGGAGGCAAGACGUUGUGGUUAUUGCCGAUGCACUUGGGAAAGUUCAGCUGAUGGAUCUACCGACAGAACAUGAUCAGCAAGGGGAAGGGGAAGUCGGUGGACAGAAAAGAUCAUCUUCUGAAGCAGUGACAUUGGCUUUAAGAGAGAGCUCACUUGACGCGGCAAAUGCAGUGUCAGUGGCACCACAUGGGAACUUGCUGGUGCUUAUAUAUGCAACACACUUCAUCAUCAAAUCAUUGCUUGAUGGUGAUAUCGUUGAAGAGACAGAUUUAGGAAACAGUUCUCUAUGCACUCAAGAUCCUUCCGGGGCACAUCUCUCAGGCUGUACGUUUUUGCAGAAUGAGAAACAUGCUGCCAGAUUGGAGUCCAAGGAUGCAGAGGAAGGAGAUGCAAAUAUUUUUACUGUAUGGAGCACCAAUGGUGCUGCAAUUAUAUUUUUGGUGAAGCAUUUUGUCGCUGGUUUUAGCCUCAAACGUCUUUGUGAAAUUCCAGCAUCAUCUUAUCCAUUUAAUGUUAACUCGCACCUUCAUUUCUGUCAAUUCGGUUGUUAUCUUGUUCGAAUAGAAUCGAUUCCUUUUGAUGUCAGUGGUUCAUUGUUGUGGAGACCUCAUGUCACCAUCUGGGCAAUAUCCCAACAGCCACAUAUGCACUCUGAUGGGAGUAGAGAGCUACAAAGUCAACUGGGAACAGAAGCAAGUAACGAUUCUGUGUGCCCUUACUUAGGUUUACAGCUGGGUGAAGGCUUUUUGCCUGAUGACAACUUUGGUUGGUGGGCUUCACAUUCUAAUAUGGAACUAAGUCUAGGAGCUAACAUAAAUUCCGAGGAAGGAGGUUUCACGGGAAGUUCUAUCCAACAUGAUGUUGGAGCUGUGAGUUAUGCCAUGCAGAAUAAACGAUUUGUAUCUUCUUCCAUGGUACUCCCGGAAGAUUUUCGUGCUCCAUUUACAGUGGUUUAUGGCUUCUUCAGUGGUGAAAUAGAAGUAAUACGCCUUGGAAAUGUAUUUUCCAAUCUAAAUUUGGCUGAUGCACCUGUGUCUCCAAAUAUCAGUAUGUACUCAUGUGAACGAUCUUUUUCAGGCCACACAGGUGCAGUGCUUUGUUUGGCAGCUCAUAAGAUGGUUGAAGCUUCAAAUAACCAUAGUGCACUCCACGUUUUAAUAUCAGGAGGGAUGGAUGGGACAGUUCGUAUUUGGGAUCUGGAUACUGGUCAUACUAUAUUAGUGAUGCAUCACCAUACAGCUCCGGUGAGGCAACUAAUCCUUCCACCACCUUGGACUUACCAUCCGUGGAGUGACUGUUUCCUUUCUGUGGGAGAGGAUGAUUGUGUGGCUCUUUCUUCUCUUGAGACCUUACACGUGGAAAGAAUGUUUCCUGGGCAUCCUUGCUACCCAUCUCUGGUUGCAUGGGAUAGUGCUAGAGGCUACAUAGCUUGUCUGUGCAGGAACCUUCCGCCACUGUCUGAUGCAGUCAACUAUCUAUAUAUUUGGGAUGUUAAAACAGGUGCUCGGGAUAGGAUUCUUCGUGGUACAGCUUCACUUUCAAUGUUUGACCAUUUCUGUUUGGGUAUCAAUCUGAGGACCAACACAGGCAACACUACGAGCGGCAUUACUUCAGCACCUUCGUUGCUUCUAUCUUUAAAUGAAGAUGCAAAGAAUCCCAAAACUUUUGGAACUAGUCUCCAUAAAACAACUCUCCCAUCUUCUUCUGAUGGUCAGAGAAGAAUCAAAGAUCUUACAGAAUCAGAUGGCCCUCUUGCCAACGUUAGCAAGGUUGUAAUUAGUGAUUUCAUCUAUGAUAAUACUGGAAAGAGUUCCGGACAAGUGUCAGCGCAAGGUUUUGGCCUAAAUAAAAAGUAUCCCAUCAAAUGCACUUGCCCGUUCCCAGGGAUUUUAGCCUUGGAGUUUGACCUUUUACUCCUGAUGUCUUUAUGCCAAACAAAUUGGCACUCUAGCCAAACGAAUGAUGACCAAGACAGUGUUAAUUUUUCUGAGCAAGAAGCCAAGAAAUCAAACUCUUCCCAAAAAGCCUCUAAUGAUGGUACUGUCAUACUAACCGAAGGGCAUCCAAGAGAGAAAUUGCUAGAAGAAUCUCUUCUUCGCUUCAGUCUAUCCCUUUUGCACUUAUGGGACAUUGAUCAUGAAGUAGACAAGUUACUUGUGGAUGAGAUGAAUCUGUGUAAGCCAGCUCCUUUUGUAGCCUCUGGUGUCCUUGGUGAUAGGGGCUCCUUGACCCUGAUAUUCCCUGCAUUGCAUGGUUCACUUCAGGUACUUAUGGAUUAACAGUAGCCUUUUCAAGCAGGUCAAUUUUUUGCCUCUUCUGUGACUUAUGAGGGUCACAUUUAUCUUUCAGCUUUGGAAGUGUUCACCGGAGUUCUCUGCAAUGCGAUCGCUCACUAUAGUUUCCCUUGCUCAGCGCAUGAUCUGCUCAUCCCAUUCUAGUUCAGAGGCCAGCAGGUAAAACAAAGUUGGACGAACUAUUGUUUGUAGACAGAUAUUCUGCCAAUUAAAUGGUUUCAUUUAUGUACCUGGCUCUUUGAAGGGCUGGAAAUGGUCUGUAAACUGGGUCGUUUUCAGCUGAAUCUUUUGCCAAUCACUGAUUUUGUGUCUUUAAUGCUUCACUUUGUUGGAUAAGAUCAUUAACCUCUACGGCUCCUUCUCUAAUAGUAAUUUUGACUAGAGCUAGAGAAAGAAGUUUGAAAAGAAAAAACAGAUAAUUUAUGCACUUUGCUACCGAGGGGUGUUGAUGGGAUAGACCUGCGAAGCUUGAACUUCACCCGUUCACCUAGAAAGGCAUGAUGGAUUUGAUCAGACUUGGGCCCAGGAAAGUUUCCCAUAGCCAACUGCUAGCCACCCAAGCUAGCGUCAUAUUUGGUAGGAUCUGUGGGUGGACACCAACGGUGGGAGUGGAUGCUACUGAGAGUGAUCGUGGGUGCUAGGGAGCCUCCUUCAGAGGAAGGGAUUGCCACUAGGAGACUAUGGUUUUGGAGGUAGGUGUGCCAUCUGGGUGGCAAGAAGGAUUUGCUACUGGGGAGCGCAGAGGGGAGAGGCCCUCAGCUACAAUUUGGUGGGGGAAGCAGGAAGAAUUUCGUCACUGUGGGAAAAGGAGAUGAUGACAUACAAUGUGGAAUACGAUGGCUGUUGAAGUGAAUGCAUUUAUUAUGCUAAUGAUAAAACCUUAAUUAUUGUACUAGUCAUUAAGUUUUUAUUACGAUGUGUAAACUUUGUACAUAUGUUUUCUGCAAAGAAAUAAAGUUUUUACAUAGAUGACUAUAAUAAGGUUUAACCCAUCCUUAAAUUUACAGGGUUAUCUGUUUAGAAAAAACGUUAUUACAUAUGCAGAAAUGCAACAUAGAAACAUGCUGUCAAAUGCAUGUACCUAGAACAUCAGUUAGACCAUGUGGCAAGAGGGAUUCAGUCCACGUAAAGACUUGGCUGGGCCUGGCUUCUUUUUUUCCUUCAUACAUAAUUUUAAGGGCUAAAGCCUAGAAUAUCCUGAAGCCUGAUACAUUUAUUAGAAUCAACACAAUAUAUUGUAAUGUUUAUGACCUUAGAUGAGUAAGGUGAGAGUUACUUUGGUAUUUCAUAUUCACACCCCUCCGUGAUUUAAUGUGAUUUCAAAGUAUGUUUUACAUUAUAAUUUUCUUCAGAGGAAUGAAACUUAUUUUCUGAAGCAUGAUGCCUGAAAUUGAUCUUCUUCCCUAUGCUGUCUUUAUCGUGUUAUUGAUACUGAGAUUUCUUUUGCAGCGAACUUGCUGCGUUCUAUACACGGAAAAUUGUAGAAAAAGUUCCAGAUAUAAGGCCUCCUUUACUCCAGGUAGCGUAUAGUAACAAUGAUUCUCAAGUGUCAUUUCCCUACAAUGAUUACGGAGUAUUUUUAAACCUUAGUCUUCUUCAUAUAAAUUCACAGGAAAUUAGUUUGCACUUCAUGCUUAUAAUGGUCAACAACGUUAUAUGCCCAUGCCCUAGGCAAACAGGCAACACUAGGCCUAUAUUCUGCCACUGUAGUCGCUGGAUUUCAUCCAAACAGCAUGAAGAUUGCUAAUUAUUUCGUAUGAGAAACUGAGAGAAGAAAUCUAAACGAUUUUUUUUAACGUGUGAAUGCCAAAAAUCCAUUUACCAUAAUAACUUUGAUUCGGAGACAUAAAAGUAUGUGUAACACCAGAACUCACGAAAAACUCCCUAGGGUUUCAUUAAAUAAUUUUAUUCCCCUAAUCAGAAUGCUCACCUCUCUCCAGUUCAGAUCAGGCGCAGCGAAUUUUUGAAAGAAAAAUGAGGCAUAAUCUAUAUCAUUUUUUCUAAUAAUAAAGGUAUUAACUGAUACUUAUAUGAGCUCCCGGGGGUACUAAAUCAUUUAACAUUACAGCCAAAUGGUGAUUUUUUGGAUCAUUCACGCGAUCAACAUAAUGGUUCUUACCCAAGUUCAUCAAGUACGUAUGAACGAAGAGAACAGGUAGAGGAGUUUACACAUAAUGGCACUGAAAAAAGAGCGGAGUUAAGCCAAAUGAAGUUCACAUUAAAUGUAGAACGUGCAUCCUUUAACUGUAAACUUUUAUGAUCCAUUUACUCCGAUGAAAAAAAGUUGUUCUUAACAAAUGAGGUUAACGUUAAGGUUAACAGUACAUCAGUGAAAAAAAAUUAGUCUUAACAACAAUAGAAAAGAAUGACGGGAGUUAUACUGGUUGUCCUGGAGGAUUGGUGAAAAAGGGAUAAGAGGAAGUUCCAAGAGUCAUACCAUGGUACCUUACAGCAGUCAGGAAGUCCAUGAAUGAGCAAUUGCACUUUAAAAAAAAUCUGCAGAACCUUCUGGUUUUUAAAGGAUUGGAUGACUUUUCCUUCACAGGUUGCACAUUUUUUCUAUGUUUUAUCUGUGCUUGGCGUUCUCCGUCACCUCCAUGGACUAGUGUAGCUUGUAUCUUCUGUUAUGUCUCUGUACUUUUAGCUUCUGAUUUAAAAGUGGUGUCAGUCACCAACUUUUUGAAAAAAUAUGGCAGAGUUGGGGGCAUGCAGGACUCAUAUACCCCCUUGAAAGUUUUCAGGGGGAUUUGGUACGCUAUGAGAAGAAAAAUUAAAGAGCAUAAAAAUUAAUAAGUAUGAACUAUCAAGUGUAUGUCAUGGCUGUGAGUAGCUGUCUUGUAUAUGACUUGUUCCCUACUUCAGAAGGAGACCACGUAAUCUCAGAUUCACCGAUGUCACUUCAUGUAUAUGACUUCAUUAAAGGUGGUAGUGUCUUGAACCACAUGUGCCAAUAAGGUGCAUGAUGGCAACUUUGAGAAGUGUAAUAUGAAGAGUUCUUUCAUGGUUCAUUAUCUCGACAGCUUCAUCAUCAGUUGUAGUUGAGAUAGAAGAAAUGGUGUUAUACGAUUAUGAAAAAUGACUGUAAGGAUAAGCAUAUGUGCAUCUGUUGUGCAUGUAUAUUUGUAUGUAGUUGAGGUGAACUCAACCACAGUACAAGAAUGAAGGGUGUGGAAAUAAUAGACCUGUGUGUACGUGUUGCCUAGUUCAGAAAUGGUUUCCAUGAAACUAGUAGAUGUCAUGAAAGGAAAUUGUAGAAAUUUGAUUUGAAUGUUACCUUCUCUUUUGCAGUGGCUGAUGUGGCUGCUUAUACUUGUUUCUAUUACAGUAUUAAUCAUUUUUUUCAUAAUCCUUCUUUUAUGCAUCGUGUGCUGACCAAGUAAAAUUCCAUAUUUUUUUUAUGUCAACUUAGACCGUGAAAAUUCCAUCCUAGGUUGUGUAAUCUAACGUUAUUCAGGUUAUAGCUUUUGGCAAGUUUCUGGCAAGAUCCAAGUGAACCUGUCCGCAUGGCGGCACGUUCUUUGUUUCACUGUGCUGCACCAAGGUCAAUUCCACGUACUCUGUUUCAGCAUAAAGUAAUGCAACCUACAACUUCUUCAAAUCCUGCAAGUGUAGCUGAAGACAAUUCAAAAUCAGAUGAGAAGUAUGCAUCGACAUAUGGGGCUUCGGAUGCUGUGAAGGAUGAUGAUAAUGAGGAAACUAGCAUAAUUCAAUGGUUGGAAUCCUUUGAAAUCCAGGAUUGGGUUUCUUGUGUUGGGGGAACAGCUCAAGAUGCUAUGGCCUCACAGAUUAUUGUUGCAGCAGCAUUAGCUGUCUGGUAUCCAAGUAUUGUGAAACCCAAAGUGUCCAAGCUGGUUAUUGAACGUCUACUUAAGUUGGUUAUGGCCAUGAAUGAUCGCUACAGCUCAACUGCAGCGGAGCUACUAGCAGAAGGGAUGGAUAGCACAUGGAAAGCACAUAUUGGUCCUGAUAUUCCUCAUCUACUUGGCGAUGUAUUUUUCCAAAUAGAGUGCCUUAGUAGUGGUUCUUCUAAUAGUGCAACACAAAAUCCAGCUGUGACCCUGAAUAUCCGAGAGACAUUGGUUGACAUUCUUCUUCCAAGCCUAGCAAUGGUCGACAUAUCUGGGUUUUUUAAAGUAAUUGAAAGCCAGAUUUGGGCUACCUCUUCUGAUUCACCCGUACAUCUUGUUUCUCUUAAUACUCUAAUCAGGGUGAUCCGCGGUUCACCAAAAUCAUUGGUCCCAUUCAUUGAUAAGGUAAUUCCAUUCCACUCAAACAAAUAAAAUGUAUAAGUGCUCCAGUUUUCCAAUAGGCACUUGGAGUUUUAUAUCAGUUGAACAAAACUUUAUUUCAGUUUUUGAUUAUUUGUUUCUUUCAAAUUCAUCGUCAAAGUUCCUAUUUCAAUCCAAUGCAACAUUUUUUUGUUGUUGAGUGAUUGCCCGGACCAUACUUGUGAAUGGGUUAAAAACUUACAUAGCUUGUAGCACUAAUCAUUUUUCUUUUUGUUUCUUUUAUUCUUAGACUUGGAGUGUUUUUUUCACUUGAGCUUUCUCUUCUUCCACUUUUUUUUCCCUAGCUUCAUCCCAUUCCUUCUUGAACAUGGUCCUUGUUGAAUGGUACCCCUCCCUCCCUGGUUAUAUGGUUGCAGACACAUUCAGGCUUUGCUCCAUUAUGGAGUCUUGUUGAUGUGUUUUUUCCCUUGUGGCAUAGUUUACUUGUUUGUUGUGAUCAACAUUUUAAUGUUAUAUGCCUAUUUUUUCUUAAAAAAUACUCUUAGACGAUAUAUUUUAUGAGACAAACAGUCACGUGAGUCUAACUUAUUGAAAAGUUUACCCGAUUUUAGUGGAUAAACCAUAUUUUAGUUUGUGGAAACAUGAUGUGUAUUGUGUGAGGCUCCCUUAGCUAUCAUGCACUAAGUGGGUUGUGAAAUUAAAAUGUCUUCUGGGAAAACAUGAUUAGAUGGGAAAGCUAAUCUCCGGUUUAUUUGCAGGAAAAGCUAGAUCCAGGGUCACGGGCCCAUAAUUGAUUGUUGAUUUUUUUCAGACUGAAUUCAAAAUCUACUUUCUUAUGUAAAAAUUAUAAAUUUAGAGAACGUAUGUAUAACUGACGGAUUCAAGUCCAUUUGUAAUCAACAUUGUUCAAGCUUCAUCUGCUAUAUUGGAUGCCCGCUAAUUGCUGUCAAUGUUUCAUCUACUACUCAUUUGAAGUCUUCUCCACAGCAUUUCGUCCCCCUAACGGUCAUGGUUUCUUUCACUUCACAGUUCCUGUAAAAUUCAAACUGCAAAUCUAACGAGAACAGAAAAGAGUGAGAGACAACAAAAACACUGGAGAGAGUUCACGUCAGUUGCAGAUGGGAAGCCCUUUUUCCGUGAAAGGAAAAACAUACCAUAUUACUCAUAUAAGUACAGUAAAUUACAACAUCCGAAUAGUUCCGGAUGUUUUAGAAGUUUUUUUCGGAAGCAGAGGGAUUGGUCAGCUCAGCUUCUCUUCGUAACAGCUUUCUACUGUAAGAGAUAGAAAGUACACGUAAACUGGGAGUCAUGUACUUUUUUUCCACAUCUGGAAACUUCUUGCUCUGACUGCCAAGUCAUGUCCCGCUUAUCCUGGUGUUUAGCUAUUUAUGCAAUUUGGAUUUAGGUAAUUUUCAAUAGAAAAAUCUCUUGCAAGUAUUUUUGUGUCAAAUGGUGUUGGGUGCAGAUUUUUGAACUGACAGUGCGUGCCAAACAUUGAAUAUUCAUGACUGCCGAGUUAUGUCCCGUAAAUGAUGAUUUUUAACUUCACCGUUCCUGGCAAGGGAUGCUAUUCCCUGUUUCAUAUGUUAUCUUCUUUCCAAUUUCUCUUGUUUAACCCUAUGUCGUCAUCAUGCAGAUCUAAUUAUACCGUCCAUCUUGCUUGUUCAUAGAUUUUGCGUAGACAGUGUUCAUAUCUAGAUUCCUUGUCCGUGCACCAUUGCUAAAGCUUUAGACAGUCAUGAUGUUCACUGUUCAUUGUUUUAUUUGAAUAAUGUUAUAUUUCAUCUGCACGAGUUGAAAGAUUUCGUAUCUAGCAUCCAGUGCCUUAUAUUUGCUGUUGCUCCAAUCUCAAACAAGUUUUUGGGCUGUAUUUCCUUGUUCUUCACUGGCAACGAUGUAAAAUAACUAUACUCAUCAUUGUAAUCAACAUCAACAUCAUUUAUCCCGUAUCAACAUAAUGUAUCAACAUAAUAUAUUGCAGGUAGUGAAUUACGUUCUGCAUACUAUGGAUCAUGGAAACUCUGUCUUGCGCAAGAAUUGCCUUAACAGUUCCAUGGCCACAUUAAGAGAAGUUGCACGCGCAUUUCCCAUGGUUGCCUUGAAUGAAAGAUCUUCUCGACUAGCUGUUGGAGAUGCGAUUGGAGAUAUUAGUGGUGCCACCAUUCGUGUUUAUGACAUAGAAAGGUAUGAAAUAGGUGGUGUUUGUUAAUAUCUGCGCAAAAAAUAAGUCUUGACUGUCAAAUCUCCAACUCUUGAGCCAUGAAGAUUACAACGUAUAAAGUCCAAAAAGCAUGCUUGAUCAUGCGAGUUUCUUGCUUGUGUUUAUGAAUUUGGCGUUUUUUUAUUCGUGUAUGAAGGUUUCUUCCUGGGGUAUUUUAUUUUAGGUGCCAUGUGCCCCAUUUUUCGCUAUCUGAUUAAUAACAACUUGCAUAAGUGUUUUAAUUGUUCCUCUCUUUUUUAGUGUGACAAAGAUAAAGAUCUUGGAUGCUAGCGGACCUCCAGGGCUUCCAAGCUUACUUGCCGGAGGGUCAAACACAGUUGUUGCUGCGGUGAUUUCAGCUUUGAGUUUUUCACCAGAUGGAGAAGUAAGUUAUACUCAGUAUUCUGUAUCCCACAGUUAUCCAUUUUAUGGGCCAGAUUUUAGGGUUUAGGAUGCCGACUCAGUUCUCUCUCUAAGUACACUGUUUUCUUUAGCUUUAUAUUUUGACAAACACAUGGCUGCGUGGAUUUAUCAUUUUGCUUUGUGAUGCUGAACCGUAUUUUAAUAAUAAAUUGUGCGGAAUUCAGUUGGUGGCAAGCUGCUCCCUGUAUGUAGUCAAUACUUUCAUGCCGAUUCCUUUUAUUCUCGUUAUUAUUUCCAUGUUCUUUCUCUUGCUUUAUCUUAUCUGCCUUGAGUUUUUGAUUGCAAUCAAGCGAUUAAACAUGACCAUAUCACAUUCAUAAAAGAUACAGAAUACAUUGCCCCCGCUGACUCUUUACCCUUGAGUUCCGUCACAACUGAAUCGCAGGUGAUUCUAACUGUACAAAGCCCAUCCUGAUCAUAGUUGAAACUUUCAUAAGGUAUGAUGCUUGUGUUGAUGAAUUUGUUGUCUCCCAUUAACUCUCCCUGUUUAGGCGAUGAAGGAUGUCUGCCCUUUGAUGCUCUGCAUUAAUUUCAUUGGCUUUCAUCCUCCACCUUCGAUUCUCUUGUCAGACUAUGCAAUGAGAUCAUAUUUACCAUAUCAUCAUGUAUCCACAAACUCGUAAUAGUAAAUCAUGACCCUUUUCGCCUCAGCAUUCUAGCAAAUCGUCUGGAUCUGUAUGUGCAUAUCCCAAACCCAGCCACUUCUAUAUUUGGCAAAUUAAUUUCAGUCAUUCUUGACUUGUAGUGAAAAUAGCAUUUUCUGAUUUUAUUUUUUUUAGGGUGUAUUAUAUCCGUCUGCUUCCAAAAGUAGCUAUGCCAUCCCCAAACUGAAGGCAAGCAAGCAAGUCUUCAGUUUUUAUGAGCCAAUUAUUUUUCAGUUCACUAUUUUGUGGACGUUCAAACCUAUGAUUGAUGGUACUAAACUUGAAGAACGAUGUUUUGGGUGAGAACAAGAUCAGUAUAUGAGAAGAAUGGAAAUAUUGGGCUCUCGGUCGAUGUUUAUUGGACUGUGCAUAAGUCCUUAGAUGUAAGACUCCCAGAAGAAGAAGAAGAUAAAACCGAAAUUCUGUCUAACCCUUUAAAAAUAAAAUAAAAAAACUCUGUGGGAUGCAAACCUCUUGUCAGAUAAACCCUAACGGAAUGGUCUCGCUUUAGGGAUUUUCCAGACGAUCAAAGUCAUCAAUUUGUCAAAUAUGGAGUUAUCAGGUGAUGUGUUCGACUGUAUACUUUCUUUGAAAAUUUUCUAUGGAGAAAAGGAAGUCUUUGAACUGCUUCUGAUCUUUCAGAUCAGAGGUUUUCUAUGAGAGGAGAAUUGUGUUUUUAGAGGGGUUUGGUUCAACAAUAAAUCUGGUUCGUGGCUAAUCAAGGAGAUAAUCUUGGUAACAUCGUUAUGAUCAGAGGGUUAGAUUUCUGGAUCGAAAGAAACCGCUAUGUCAUCAUCCAGGAAUCGCAGACAAUGUGGCUUCGCCAUAUAUGUUAGACCAUUCACGUUGGGCUUGUGAAACUCUUGACGCAGGCUUUGACAUUUUUUCAUUUCAGGGACUGGUUGCCUUCUCUGAGCAUGGACUGACGAUUAGAUGGUGGUCAUUGGGCACGGCCUGGUGGGAAAAGCUUAGCAGAAGCUCUGUUCCUGCUCAAUGUACCAAGCUUAUCUUUGUUCCUCCGUGGGAAGGCUUCUCACCCAGUUCUACCCGAUCAAGUAUCAUGGCAAGCAUAUCUCGCCAUCAUGAGCAGUCAACUUUACAGGUCAAGAUUUAUUUUAUAGCAGUGACAAGCUCGCACGAUUUUUUUCUCUUGAUUUCUCAGCCAGUUUUUUCUCUCUCAUUUUCCCCUUUCCCGUGCUUUCUAUUUUUAGCCAUGCUCAACUUCAGCUAUAAUUUUUACGGUUUUAUCCAGUUUGGGCGGUUGGAUGAGAGAGAGAGAGAGAGAGAGAGAGAGAGUUCAGUGGGGAAUCGCCUGGGAUCAUCAUUAAGCAUUUCAGGGCCUUCUAGAGAGAGAGAGAGAGAGAGCUGAGAGGAUCCUUGGGUAACAUUCCAACGCCCAUUCAUAGUUCAGGGGCUUCUGGAGAGAGAGAGAGAGAGCUGAGAGGAUCCUUGGAUACCAUUCCAAGGCCCAUUCAUAGUUCCAUUGCUGUUUAAUGGGGUUUCCUUGUGCAAUAAUUUUCUGUUUAUUCAUACAUUUUCUUCCACAUAUUUACUUAAUUAGGAAAUGUUAAGGUGGAGAUUAGAGUUGCCGCCGAUGCCCUCCCUCAUAUUUGCAAUCCUCGCAUUCCCCAGGCGAAGAAAACGGAGCCAGACGAGGCUGAAAGCGACAGUCUGAAGAUCCUGCUUCAGAAUCUUGACCUCUCCUACCAGCUAUCGUGGACUGAUGGAAGGAAAGUGUCCCUCACCCGACAUGGCCAGGAGUUGGGCUCUUUCCAGCUAUGA